AUGUAAAACGAAAGGUUAUAACGUCUUCUUAGAUCCAAAGGUACCUCCUACAUUCCUCAUCAUACACAUACUAUCUCACCUUUCACUAAACCAACUCAAAAUUCCAACAUUCAAUCCAACAAAUAUCUAACUAAUUAUGCAGUCUAAAACUUAUAAAAUUAAUCUACACAUAUUACUAUGUAUUUUCAUUUUUACAAUCUAGAACACCAUCUACAGAAAGAAGACUUAUACCUACCACAUAACCUAUCAAUCUUAAACCACAUCAAUCUUCAUCUGUCUCACCUAUACGUCUUGUUCAAAUGUCAACUGAAAGAAUCUAAUAACCUUAAGAAAUACAUGAAGUUCAUCAUUUUGAAAGACCCAUUCAAGUUGUUACUGCUGAAGACAUGGAAUAUAAAUACAAAUUCAAAAUUUCAUAAUUAGAAUCUACUGUCUAUCAAUUAUAAGUUGAAAAUUAAAGAAUUAAAAUUAAUGCAUCCAUACAAUAAUCUAUUCCUAUUGAAAAUAUUACGAAAAAUAAUGAUUUUGAAAGAAUUAAUUCAGAUCUAAGAAUUAAAGAAGAAUAAUUUAGAAUUGAAAUCAAACAACUCAAAGAAGAAAUACUAAAUUGGAAAAAUAGAUAUUCUUAACUUUAAUAAUAAUCAUCCAAUUAAAAUGGUUUCAAUGAAGAAAUACGAUAACUUAAAAAAACUAUUACAUAAUUACAAGAAGAUAAUCAAGAUUUAUAAUCACAACUCAACAAUAAAGGUCAAGAAAUCAUGAAAGUUAGAACCAUCUUAAAUGAAAAAGAUGAUAUCAUUGAUUAACUUAAUGACUAAAUCUAAGAACUUCAAGUUGUUUAAGAAAAUUACAGCCGUGUUGAAACUACAUUAAUUUCUUUGCAAGGUGAAGUUGAUGUUUGGAGAAAAAAGUUUAAAGAAAAAAAUGAAGAAGCUUCUGAAUUAAGUGAAAAACUUAUAAUGGCUGAAACCUCCUUAGAAGCAAUGAAAAAGAGAUAAACUGUUCAAGUUAAAGAAGUUAAUGUUACUAAAACUAAUAAUAAUAAAAUUGGUGCUACAAUGACAUAAUCUAUAGAUAUGCCAGGUAGAUUUUCAACAAAUCGAGGAUCUCAUUAUUCAAACAAGCAAUAAACUUGA